GAGACACUGAUGUUUACUAUCAAAUAUGAAUGAUCCCAUUCUAAACCACUGCUGACAUCAUUCAACCUAAAGGUGAUACAAACACCAGCUCAACGAACACAUCGACAGCUUUUUCACCACAGUGUGUUUCUCUGGGGGGGCGAAGAGCAACAGCCAGACAUGGUUCAUAACCCAAACCCUGUCCCCAGGGAUGACGAGUAUUUGCCCUACCCAGCCUUGGCCCCCGUGGUUUUCUUUGGCAUAAAACAAACCACAAGACCCCGUAACUGGUGUCUGAAAGUUGCCUGCAGCUUAUGGUUGGAAUAUGUAUCCAAACUGAUGGCGCUGCUCAGCUGUGCCAUUGUGUGCAUGUACAAGCCCUAUGAGGAGCCCUCAAACCUACUUAAGAUCUUGGAGCCUCUGACAUUCAGCUUCUUCAUGGUGGAGAUGCUCUUGAAGAUGCUGGCCCUGGGAGUCUUUGGCUAUCAAGGAAGUUACCUAAGCAACAACUGGAACAAGUUUGACGUCUUCAUCAACACUGUGAAUGCAGUAGAUUAUGUUCUGGCUUUCCUCGGCAUCAACUGGCAGAUCUCUAAAUCGCUGGAGCCAAUGCGUCUGAUUGGCAGAAUAUCGAGUAUGCGAGCCUUGAUGAAAGUCCUCCUAGACAUGAUGCCUAUGCUCAUAAAUGUUUUCAUCCUCUACUUCUUCAUCAUCAACGUCUUUGCCGUCGUGGGAGUCCAGCUGUGGGCAGGGAAGCUGCGCAAUCGCUGCUUCCUGGGAGAGGACAUUAUCGGGAAGUACAAUGUGUCCAUGAGUCCAUUCUACGAGCCCGAGGACAGUGAAAGAUACCCCUUCAUCUGUUCACUUGGCAAGCACGGGAUGCGGCGCUGCAGUGGUGUACCGCCUUCCAGAGACAAUGGCAAACUCUGCUCAGUGGCUGCUCCUGACAAUGCUUCAGCUGCAAGUCACUCCUUCAGGAUGGUCGGUGAUGUCAGUACUGAAGAAUGUAUUAACUGGCACAUGUACUACAAUGUCUGUCGCACCGGGAAUCACAACCCUCACAGGGGAGCCGUCAACUUCGACAACAUCGGCUACGCCUGGAUGACCAUAUUCCAGGUUGUCAUGCUGGAGGGAUGGACAGAGAUUAUGUUUUAUGUCAUGGACGCACAUUCCUUUUGGAGUUUUGUCAUUCUCAUACCUGUCACCAUUAUGGGCUCCUUCGUCAUGAUGAACGUGUGUGCAGUCGUCAUCGUCAACCAGUUCACGGAGAGCGCACAGAGGGAUACGGGACAGCGGGGUGCUGGUGCUGCGUCCAUCGCAUGGCUCUGUUACAUGUUGACCUCCUCUCUGCGGGUCAUCUAUCUGGAGGAAGUGCUCUAG